UAACCUUGCUGACCACAUUUUGCUUAAGAACGAACCAUAGCACUGAUAUACUACAAAGAAUGCAUUUUGGGUUUAUGAUGGUGAUACUUAUUGCCACAAAUGUGAUUUCUGCAGAAGUCGUUGUAUAUGUCUUCCCUGGAACGACUGCUCUCCUAGAUUGUGAACAUGAUCCAGGAAACACCUCUAUAAUGAUUACCUGGGAGGUCCAUCUCUUACAAUCACUUUCGUGCUUAAUCUCUACUACAGACACAGAUUCGUACAACAACUGCAGCGAAAGGAUAAUAAAUAAAAACGGGUCUCUUGAGAUACUUAAUACCCACUUAACAGACAAGGGAAACUACACCUGUGAAGUGGUCAACGACACAGGGACAUUCCGCAAUACUGUGAUAUUGGAAAUACUGGUUCAACCUUCUGUAUCUCUGGAGAUUAACGGGGAUGGUUUACCGGAGUGCCAGGCUCGUGGUGGGAGUCCGGUUGCAAAUAUUUCUUGGAUUCCAGAAUCUAAAAAUGUAACAACUCGAAGUGAAUUACAACCAGACAAGACCUGGACAGUUAUUAGUACAUAUGAUGCAAAGCUCGGCCAUUGGAAUGAAUUGACUUGUGAGAUUUAUCAUCCUGCAUUUACAAAUUCUCAGAUAAUACAAAUUACAAUGUCAGGUGCGUUUCGUACAGGUAAUUCAUAUGUUUGGAUUGUGGUACGUAUUGCCCUUGUCGUUCUUUUUGGAUUCAUUUUCUACUGGAACCUAAAAAAACUUAAGAAUCUGUACCAGCAUAGAAUUUCAGAAUAAUAACAGAGAGAAUAAAGAAGAUAUGGAACCAUAUGCCAGCUAUGUUCAGAAAAUCAACACAAUAUAUAGUGUGAAAGAAGCUGAGGGUGACAUUAAGGGACCUGGACAAUGCAUACUAAAAAAAAUCCUGAAUCUUUUGGAACUUUGAGUUAAAUUUGACCGGUUAAUACAUAAAAUAAUUCCUAUAUAAGAGAUAUCAGGUACAAAAAAAUUAACUUAGAAAAAUCUCUAGGAUUUAGACUUAAAAAGUAUUUGUUUGGAUGUCAUUUGAUUUUGCGUUCCCUUAUUCUCAAAAUAAUGUCAUUGAGUGAAUCAGAUAGGACCAAAAUAGGUCCAGAUUGUAAGCUUGCGAGCAGGGCUCUCUCCAUCUAAUGUAUUUGCCUGUCGAUUCUCAUCUUGUCGUACCCCUCAAAUAUAUGAAUUGUAUUAUUGUUGGCGCUAUAUGAAAAAAAGAUAAUAAUAAUAAUAAUGAUAAGUGUAAUGC